UAUUUUUGUGGUGAUGAAUGUGAGUAAAUAAACAAAAGGCCUACCAAGCUUUUUAAAUGUCAUUCCAGCUGAAGAAAACCCUUCACUUAUGGCUUCGGAGGAAAAUUCAGAGGACACUUUCAGGGAGUACAUUGAGAAGCAUUCUCUGCCCCAAAUAUUUAAGGCUCUCUUAGGUGGCCUGUGUACCACAUGUCCAGAGAACUCCUUGACUUUCAUUGAGGAGAAGCUUUUGGCAAUUCAAAGCAGCAGGGAUAGGUACAAAGACUGGAACACUUGCAUAGCAGAGGAUGUUGAGGAGGCAGAAGUCGAUGCUCCAGUUGAAGAAAAUCUGGAGGAGAGUGGGAAAAAGGAGGUGGAAGUACUGGCCUCUAAGCCUGACCUACCCCAGCACUCUCCCCUACAUGACAUGAUCAACAUUUUUGGAGCCACAAAUGAUGACAUUAGGAAAUUCUCGUUUUUUGAAGAGGCCUGUCACUUCUAUCAGAAAAACCUGAUGAAGAUGUGCUUCAGGGGCAGGGCCUGGAAAGGGUUUGUAGUGUUGAGCAAAUGGAAGAAAUUACAGCCACGCAAGAUGGAGCUGGUCCACAAGCACUAUGCCAAGAAACUCCUGCGUCAUAGUUUUGUAGCGUGGCUGAAGUGGCUACAAUGGAAGAAGCAGAGAGACCGGGAUGCAGCAAAAAAGCUCCUUAACGUGUAUGAGGAGAUGCGGCGUAGACGCAUGCUUAGGGCCUGGCGAUUGGUGGUGCAGGAGACAAGAAAAGUAGAACCACCAGACUUCUCAGAGAAAGACAUUAUUUCAAUGUUGCCCAGCAUGUUGUCAAUAAAGAUCUUUGAGUAUUUAGAGUCAGGUGACUUGCUGAGAUGUGCAGAGGUGAAUGACACGUGGAUGGCCAUCAGUAACACGCAUACUCUCUGGAAUAAGAUUAAUUUAUCAGGUGAAAAGCACUGGAUUCAAAGCCAUGAUGUGCAAAAUAUACUGAAGAAAUAUCGGACUUUUGUGGUCCAGUUGAAUCUGCGUGGUUGUUUGUCUAUGGAGUGGCCGGUCUUCCAAUGCAUAAGUGAAUGCAGAAAUCUUCAGGACCUCAAUUUGAGUGAAUGUACCAACAUAAAUGAUGAUGCUGUUCGAACAAUAACUGAGAAUUGUCAGUCCUUACUCUAUCUGAAUUUGUCAUACACCCUUGUCACCAAUGCCACUCUAAAAGUACUUGCAAGAUGCUGUGUAUACUUGCAGUACUUGAGUUUGGCCCAGUGUAGGAAGUUUACAGACAAAGGUUUGCAGUUCUUGGCCACAGAGAGAGGCUGCCUCGGGCUCCUUCAUCUAGACCUGUCUGGCUGCUCCCAGAUAACAGUGAAUGGGUUCAGACACAUAGCUGCUGGAUGUAGCCUACUGCAGCACAUUGUGUUAGACGACAUGCCAACAUUUACAGACAAGUGCUUACAGGAGCUGACCGCAAAAUGUAAAUCUCUGGUGACGAUCUCCCUCCUGGACGCUUCACAUCUUACUGACACGGCCUUUGAAACCCUUGCACAGAGGGCCUCACUCAAACAACUACGAAUAGAAGGCAACAAGCAUAUAACAGACUUUGGCUGGAGAGCAAUUUGUAAAGGGUCUCCAGACUUAAGACAUCUGCAUGCUGCUAACUGCCUGUUGAUGUCUGAUGGCAGCAUGAAAUACAUUGCAUCCCUGAAAAAUCUCACUUACCUUGACAUCUCAGAAAAUACCAGGGUUAGCGAUGCUGGGCUGCGCCACUUGGCUGAUGGGUCGUGUGCUGCAAAGCUCCAGGAACUCAACGUGAGCCACUGCCGUGUCAACGACAUCGUGGCUGUGAGGAUUGUCAAGAGAUAUGAGGCACUCCAAAGGCUGAAUAUUUCAUACUGUGAGGGCAUCUCCAGUUUUGACUUCCUGAACUCCAGCAGUCUAGUCUCUCUGGACAUCUCUGGCUGCAACAUCCAAGACAAAGGACUGUCUGCAGUGGGGGAAAUUAACUGCCUACAGAAACUCACUAUGUCUGAAUGUCUUGGAAUAACAGAUGUUGGCAUUGAGAAGUUCAGUAAGCAGGCCAGACGUCUGGAGGAUAUUGACAUAUCUCACUGCGUGUCGCUUUCGGACGUGUCCAUCAAAUCACUGUCCUCCUACUGCAAGCCUUUAGCCCGCCUCAUCGUGGCAGGCUGCCCCAAGAUAACAGAUGUGGGCAUCCACUACCUGGCUCUCUUCACACCCCACCUUAGAGAGCUGGAUGUGAGUGGCUGCGUCCUCCUGACCGACCGCUCCCCUCGCACGCUGCUCAAGGGCUGCCGGAGCCUCCAUUCCCUCACCAUGCUCUACUGCAGGGGGAUCUCAAAGCGAUUGGCAUUGCGACUGCAACCCAGCCUGAGGCACUGGGAGCACAGCAGAGACGACGCCCCCUACUGGUACGGCUCCGAACUGCAAGCACAGAUACAGGAGCAGCAGCAGCAACGGCAGCAGUCCAGUAAAGAGAGAGCCAAGAAAAAGGACACCGAGAACGAGGACAGUCGUCGAAACAACCGCCCCCUGCCAACAUGAGAACCGCCCUCUGCCAACAUGACUCCUGUUUCUAUUCGGCUAAACAGAUGUAGGUUUUUCUAAAGAGUUUUGUGCAGGCAGAUCGAUGUUUACAGGAUGGAUCAUUGCAUUGCCCGUGGUCACUGAAUGGACAAUUACAGCACUUUCAGCUUUGUAUAUGGUUUUAUACUAAAUCGCCAUGACUUAAUUCCUCUACAAACAAACAAAAUACUUAAAAAAACAUUUAUUUGAAUAUAUCCAUUAACAAGUGACAUAUUUUGAGAGAUGGUGUAUAUUUUCAAUAUGGCAUAAUUGCCAAUCUUACUGAUCGGAAUCCUACAAUGAUAUACACACAAGUAUUGUUCGCUCUUACAUAGACCGCAUGGAUACAUUGUAAUAUAGUUUUGUAAUAAAUAAAGGCUAUUUGCAGCAAUUUUA